AUGUUUACGGCUACGAAGAUUUUCAUCCAUUGCUUGUUCACUAUUGUUAUGCUCGGAGGCGUAAUUGAAGUCCAUGCCUCAGUUCGUUUCUUUAAGUUUGAAUUGAUAAAUUCAUUACACACUAGACUAUGCAGCAACAAGAACUUGCUAACGAUAAAUGGAAAAUCCCCGGGGCCGACUAUAUAUGCUAGAAGGGGAGAUUUGGUCAUAAUCGAUCUUGUUAAUCGUGCUGACCAAAAUAUAACCAUCCACUGGCAUGGAGUAAAGAUGCCAAGAUAUCCAUGGUCAGAUGGUACCAACUUUGUUACACAGUGCCCAAUUCGCCCUGGGAAAAGAUUUAGACAAAGGAUGAUCCUGUCUGAUGAAGAAGGCACAUUAUGGUGGCACGCUCACAGCGAUUGGUCGCGGAAUUCAGUAUAUGGCGCUAUCGUUAUCCUACCGCCGAAGACGGAGAGUUAUCCUUUCCCCAAGCCACAUGCCCAUCAUCCCAUCUUAAUAGGCGAGUGGUGGAAGGCUGAUGUGCAACAAGUGAUGGAAAAUUUUCUAAAAAAUGGAGGUGAUCCCCAAAUGUCUAAUGCUUACCUCAUCAAUGGGCAACCCGGAGACUUUUAUCAAUGCUCAACACAAGAUACACACAAGCUCCAAGUGGAAUUCGGCAAAACUUACCUUCUCAAAUUGGUAAACGCAGUGAUGGACAACAUCAUGUUCUUCAAAAUCGGCCGCCACAACUUCACCGUGGUCGGCACCGACGGCGCCUACACGAAGCCGAUAAAAACCGAUUACGUCGCAAUAUCCCCGGGCCAAACCAUCGAUCUUCUCCUCGAGGCCAACCAGCCCCCCAGCCACUACUACAUGGCCGCUAGAAUCUACGCCAGCGGCGGAGAUUUCGUGACCAUCCCGGCCACCGCAAUCAUCGAGUACACCGGAAACUACCAGCCGCCGCCGUCACCGCUCCUUCCACCUUUCCCUCAAGUAAACGACUCCGCAACUUCAAUCAAUUUCACCAACCAAUUAAAAAGUCUAGAAAAAGGCGCGAACGUCCCGAGGAAUGUGACUCGGAAGCUAUUCUUUGCUCUCUCGAUGAACCGAAAGCUCUGUCGGGAGAGCUACUGCCUGCGAGCCACGAGGCUCAUGUCGAGCGUCAACAACGUGUCGAUGUUGCUGCCGGGGAUCGACAUUCUGCAGGCCUACUACAGAGGGAUUAGUGGCGUUUACACCGCUGAUUUCCCUGACUUCCCGCCUUCGCCCUUCGACUACACGCGAGAUGCCAUGGCCGGGGAAAGGUCGGCCACGCGGUUUGGGACGGCCGUUAGUGUUUUGGAGUAUGGAUCGGCGGUGGAAUUGGUGUUUCAGGGGACCAACAUAGCUGGGGGCGUUGAGCAUCCCAUGCAUUUGCAUGGACACAGCUUCUACGUCGUCGGAUCGGGGUUAGGAAAUUACGAUAGAGUCGCGGAUCCGGCUAGAUAUAAUCUCGUCGACCCGCCGUUUAUGGAAAAUAUAGCGGUGCCUAGGAAUGGAUGGACCGCUAUAAGAUUUAGGGCUAAUAAUCCAGGAGUUUGGUAUAUGCAUUGCCAUUUCGAGCGUCAUCAGAGCUGGGGAAUGAAGAUGGUGUUCAUCGUCAGGGAUGGGGAACGGCCCGAUGAGAAGAUGUUGCCGCCACCGCCCGAUAUGCCGGGGUGUGAUGCGCCGCCUCCCCAAUUAUUGUUUAGGAUUUGA